AUGUUCGUGGCAGAUGGCAUUGAUGCGUACCAAGUGUCCACUUCCGAUUACGACGGCUCUACGGCUGUGUUGACUACGGCUGGCUCGCUUCCUCUUCCCGAAACAAAUGCCGCUGGCGACCGGGGAGACGCCCUUCUCAAGGGCUUAUCCUCACCCGCCUUCCACAACACGUUGGCUUCUCAAGGCAAGCCGGGGCCCAAAGUACGCAUUGGCGCGGCCUCCAUAACCUCCUCGCCCGCCGUCACUGCGGCUGCUACGGCCGCCUUCACACUAUCCAUGGGGACCUCCAUGGGGGUGUCAGCGCAUGCACUGGUAGACCACGCUACCGUUGGAUGCAGCCAGGUCGACGCCCAUGGUGUACGAUUCGGUCCUGGAACUCAGCCUCGGGCGUCUGGGCCAUGUGUGACUGCGCACACUGGCGGUGGCGGGUGCUCUUUAACUUUCGCUGCUGCUGCUCAUGCGGCUGCGGGCGAUGGUGGCUGGCCUUCUCUGCCCUGUUGGCAAGCCUCGCCCUGUGCUGCCAUCGCAGCCACCGCCACUCCUACUGUCGUCACCCUCCCGCCACGUCGUCCCAUCCCGCUAUCCACCAAGCGAGGCCUCUACGAGGGCACUGUGCGCGGAGGUAGUGCACGCAACACGUGGAUGUACAUUACCGCAAGGACCCCACCUGGGUAG